UUAGAAAGGAUACAGCAGAAAUUGGAUUCAGAAAAUAGCUUUUCAAGUAGUUUCGAAGAGGAAAGGAAAAGCACAGAACCUCAAGAACCAAGGGUAAUAAGAUUUCCAGCCAAGUUUCCUUGUAAUGGAAGAUCUGAUAGCUCUAGGCUAUCUAGGGAUAAUUUUGGAGCAGGUCGAUGUGUUUGGGAAAAGUGUCAUGGUAAUUUUGAUACAAGUUCUGCGCUACUUGAACAUCUACAGGUUUCACAUGUAAACACUCAGUCGGGGCCUCGAUAUUGUUGUCAGUGGCGUGGUUGCCGCGUUUAUGGUCGAGAAUCAAGUUCUCGUAGGUGGCUGGACGCCCAUGUGGCUAGUGUUCAUGCUGGUUCGACAAAAACUCUACAAUGUAUAGUAGCAGGUUGUAGAAGAAGAUUUAGUUCUCAGUUGGCUCUCCAGAGGCAUGUCAACAAUCACUUCAAUGAAUCUGAAGGUAACGGUGCUAAUGCUAAAAAGUCACAAGAACCACAUCUUCAAGGCUCGGCAGCAGCUCUGAAACUUAUAAGGAAGAAUGGGAAGAAACUACGAUAUAGAAGACAACCAUGGAGUGCGCGUAUGUUCGAUUUCUUCGACGGCGGCGCAAUGGAGGGACUGCAAUAUCGCCUUCUUUGUACGGAGGCGCUUGCAGGAGGUGCCAAGGGCACUGUUCUCUUAAGAAGUGAUAUUUUGGGCAGAAGAUUAGACAGCACUGGAAAUGCGCAGGUGCUCGUCUCGUGGAACCCUCCUGACAUUCUGCCCGAUGAAUGGAUCUCAGAAAGUGACUACACCCCCACAAAGGAAGUAGACAUAAGAAAACUACCGACGGACAGCAAAUGUGAGAUAUCUAAUCAAAUUGAAGCACUCACGAAGAAGCAGGAGAAAGUUCCUAGGAAACAGUCAAGAAAACACAAAAGAUCCGAUGGAGAAAGCAGCACGACGAGCAGUUCUUUGAGCAGCACAAGCAGCAGUUACAGCAGCAGCGUGGUCGCCAGCUGGUUUGAUCUCUGAAGUGAAUUGUGAACGAAUGGUGAGGCUGUUUGUAAGAGUAUCAGAAUAAAAUAUUUUUAAUUGUAAUUAGUGACAUUAGGGCAGACUGCACAAAACGUUUGUGAAAUUAAUAUUUUUACACAUUAUCAAUCUGAUGAUGAGAAAUAUAAGUUUUUAAUACUAUUUGAUACUUUUUUUCAAUUUGUGACUAUGAUAUGCGUUAAUACCAAAAUUCCAUCAACAGGUAAAUUAGCUUUUUGCUUUUAAUUUUUUUGAUAUCGCAAAUUGAACACAA